CUCGGAGGCCGAACAGCAAAUAUGAGGGGAAAGACCCCAAAUCCAUUACAGCGUAUUGGUAGUAAAGGAGAAGAGACUGAAGUCAAUCCAAGCUCCUUGACUGCAGACAAGUUCUCUUUCUACCACGCACGCCAUGUUACAAUGUGGAGGGGAUGCGACAGAGAUUUGAAGGUCACAACGACCGGACUUGGGAAGUGCUAGGACAUGAGACUGGACUCUAGGCUGGGAGUGGCGUUGGGGCAGCGUCGCGCAAAACUACCUCCCUCCCCCCACCUCACACUCCACCCCCACCCCUGGGCUUCGGCGUCCGAUUCUUGGACCAGAUCCGGUUGCUUAGCAACGCUCUCCUCCCACCCUUUCCCCAUCUCCCGGUUGCGAGCUUGUUGCUAGGGGGCGGGGUGACGCAUGCGCGGCACGCAGCGGGAGGCCCAACGCGUCACAUCCUGUUUCUUUAGGGGAACGUGGCCUUCCCCUCCUCCCCCCUCCCCUCCCCUGCAGCGCCGGCGGCGGAGCUGGAGCCGCAGCAGCAGCAGCCCAGGAUCCGCAGCCUCAACCAUGGAGCCGGCCCUCAGCGAAGCCCUCAAUGGCAGCGGCCCCGCCGAGCCCCCCGCGGCCCCCAGCCCGGCCAACGGCACGGCGCGGCCGCCCUCCACCCCCGAGGGCAUCGCCCUGGCCUACGGCAGCCUCCUGCUCAUGGCGCUGCUGCCCAUCUUCUUCGGGGCCCUGCGCUCGGUGCGCUGCGCCCGCAGCAAGAAUGCUUCAGAUAUGCCAGAGACCAUUACCAGUCGUGAUGCUGCUCGAUUUCCCAUCAUCGCUAGCUGCACACUCUUGGGCCUCUACCUCUUCUUUAAAAUCUUCUCUCAAGAGUACAUCAACCUCUUGCUCUCCAUGUAUUUCUUCGUGCUGGGGAUCUUGGCUCUGUCUCACACAAUCAGCCCUAUCAUGAACAAGUUCUUCCCAGCAAAUUUCCCCAACAAGCAGUAUCAGCUACUCUUCACACAAGGCUCCGGGGAGAAUAAGGAAGAAAUUGUCAAUUAUGAGUUUGACAGCAAGGAUCUCGUGUGCCUGACCCUGAGCAGUAUCAUCGGUGUUUGGUAUCUGCUAAGGAAGCACUGGAUUGCCAACAACCUCUUUGGCCUGGCCUUCUCCCUCAACGGAGUGGAGCUCCUGCAUCUCAAUAAUGUCAGCACAGGCUGCAUCCUGCUCGGAGGCCUCUUUGUCUAUGACAUCUUCUGGGUUUUUGGCACCAAUGUGAUGGUAACUGUGGCCAAGUCCUUUGAGGCACCAAUAAAACUGGUUUUCCCCCAAGACCUGCUGGAAAAGGGAUUGGAGGCAGACAACUUUGCCAUGCUGGGACUGGGAGACAUCGUCAUUCCAGGCAUCUUCAUUGCCCUGCUUCUGCGUUUUGACAUCAGCCUGAAGAAGAACACGCACACCUACUUCUACACCAGCUUCGUGGCCUACAUCUUUGGCCUGGGUCUUACUAUCUUCAUUAUGCACGUCUUCAAACAUGCCCAGCCGGCAUUGCUCUAUCUGGUCCCUGCCUGCAUUGGUUUCCCCCUGCUGGUGGCGCUGGCAAAGGGAGAAGUCACGGAGAUGUUCAGCUAUGAAUCUUCUGCUGAAAUCUUGCCACACACUCCGCGGCUUACCCACUUCCCCACUGUCUCGGGCUCACCCGCCAGCCUUGCGGAUUCCAUGCAACAGAAAGCGGCCUGCCCCCGCCGCCGCCGGCCACACAGCCCCAGCGCCCUGUAGCCCCCAGCGUCCUUUCUCCCCCCGUUUCCCCUCUGCUCUGUCAGCUACGAGGAGACAAACGAGAAAGAGAAGGAGUCAGCCAGUGAGUGCAAAGAAGGAGCACCGCCAUCAUCAUCAUCAUCAUCCUCUGAGACGGAAAAGAAGGAGCAGUAAGGGUGGGCUUGGAGCCAGGUGGAGUGGGGGGGGGCUCCUGCCGCCAGGGCAAGAGCUAGGGGAGAGACAAUGGCCCUGCAGAACCGGGCGGUGAUGCUCCGGCUUAGGCUGCCCUGCUGGGGCCAGGCCUCUCCUCUCCCUUCUCCUUCCCAAGCCCAGUCCUGGAUUUUUCUCUUUGUUUCUGGUUGUGUACUUCCUGCGUGCUCCCUCCCCAGCACUGGGCAAAGAAACCCCAACUACCUUUUGUGGGGAGGGUGACAGGGGUGGUGAGAGGGCCUGGUUUUUAAAUUUUUUGUAUUACCGUGAACUCCCCUCUCUCUCACAUUAAAAGUCUGUGUCAAGUGAAAGUGAGGACAAGGGAGCAGUCUCUGUCUCCACUUCGCCCUAGGCAUUGGGAAGAGACAUCAGAGGUGGAAGCCUCUUGACCCCCCAACGCCUGGUUUCUCUUGAACCCCUGCUGGGUGCUGAUUUAUAUUGCUCUUUUCUGGGAGCUUAGGAGGCAGCCCUACCUCUGGACAAGCUCAGACCCAGGAAAUGGCCCCCAUUUCUUUCCCUGGCCCAGAGCAGCCUUCCCUUCCUCCUUCGUGCACAAAAUUCGAGGCAGAGAGUAUCCAAAAGGUAUACGAAAAUGUGGUUUAGUCUGUAGAGGGAUUCCAGGUAGCAGCAGAAUUUCCUGCCAGCCUGCCUUCCCUUGAGAUAGAGCCCAGCAAGCCUCCUCCAGCCUCUCUCUUUUCUUUUCCAACUAUGUUGAGGUAAAGGUGGGAAGAUGGGCUGGAGGGAACUAGGCCGAAUUAGCUCAGAGUGUAUAUUUGGUGUACAACCUUCCUUCCAUUACACAUUAAGAAAGAAAAGGCGAGAGGACAGGCCUAAUUUGCCUUGUGAAAGACCCACUUUUUAGCUCCAGGCCCUAGAACCUGGACUAGCUUCAUUUGGAGAUGGGAAGUUGUGUCUAGUCAGAAGGUGUAUCUAGUCAGAGGGGCUUGGAUACAUGAUCCAUUAUUCCCUAAACACCUUCCCUUUUUCAUACCGUCCUCUUCUAACUCUGAAUCCCAGGAGGGUUUGGAGGGGUUGGGGGCCAUGAUUGCCAUCAUAGGAAGAAGGGUAUAUAUUUAUCUGGGAAAUUGCAGAGUUGAAGGUAUCAGCUCAAUACAAAAAGGAAUUUGAGCUGUUUCAGGAAAAAAAAAAAAAAAGUGACUGCUGGCUGUCUUUGAAGGGAAUGAGCAAGCUCCUAGGUAGUAGAGGUGUUCAGGUGGGACUCAAGUGACCACUUGGGAAUACUGUGAAGGACUUUCCUGCUUAAAUAGGGGUGGGAUUAGAGAUCUCUCCUACUAGUCUCUGAUUUUGUGAAUCUUCCAAACUAAGCAGGGCUCCUCUUUAGUCAUAACGCCCCAUUCACUUAGCCAUGACUAAGAAGCCCAAGGUCUUGAGUUGAUGAGUUUUGCUUUGAACUAAGGCCUCAAACUUUGACCUUGGACAGCUACCUUUUGAGAGGGAGCUCUUGGAUAAAUGAGAGGUUUUGGAUGAAAAUAGCUUAUCCCCACUAUUAGAAAAGUAAUACCUCAGUCUGCCCUCCAGGUGACAAAUCAGAAUCUUUCACAAUGAAUACAUUCUUUUAUAGUACAUGCUGCCCUCAUUGGGACCCACAGCCACUCUGAUUUUCUCAGAUAGAAACCAGGGAACCCCAGCUGGACCCCAGACAAGGACUACCCUACCCCAACCAAGGCCAUAAACACAUAUUGUCCUUGGAAGUCAGGGAUCCCACUUGACAUUAGCUCAGCUCUGCUCUGCCCUGCCCACCUUGCAGCUGGGUGCUGAUUUGGAGAUGACUCAGAAACAGUCAGUGUAUCAUAGGGUUUGCUUCCUGAACAGCAAGGAAGGAGGAGCUAUCGCUGGGUGGGGAUGGUCCUCAGGUCCCUCAGCCCCAGGCACCAACCACAGGGCCUGAGAAAGUGCCUGGCCCUGGAGAAGGUGUCCAAGGAGGCUAGUGAGAGCACACAUCCAAGUGUUUGGAAGGUAUCGAAUUAAGGUUGGGCCUUUGGACUUCUGGAUUUCAAUAAUAGGAUUUAAAGCCUCAAGGAUGGACCUCAGAGAUGACCUAGUAAUUAGGUUUCUAAGAGAAAGUUAGGAAAUGUUCCAGAGAGAAAAUAGGACUUUAGGAUCACAAUGAAUAAGUGGAAAAAUCUUCUGUUACCCAAUUCUCUCCUGUACCACCCAACUCCCUUGAGCCAAAUAGCCAGUCCCCUUUCUGUCACCAUUUCUCUGCUGAGAGAAUGAGAGGAAUUCUUGCCACUGCCAAGGUCAGAGUAUUUUCCUGUGCCUCUGAAAAGAUCUCAAAGACCUUAAGCAGUGAGGAAGGAGUUGUCUCCCCCUUCCCAUACAAAAGUAAAAGGACCUACUCUAGAGUCUCCAGAAUUUCACUCCCAUCUUUCCUUUCCCUAAAACCUCACAGUUUAUAAAGGCAACAAAUGAGGCUUUGAGAUCUUCUCUUGCCUCUCUCCCUUACCCCUCACAAUCCACCCCCACCCCUCACAAACUAAGUGUACGUAUACACACACACACACACAGAUUCAAAGCUGAUCAUCUGAAGUCCUUACUAGGUUCCCUUAGGUCAGCAACUCUCAUCCCAGCACUCAAAAGAGAGGAAAGGUGGGAAAAGGAAUUUAGCCAAAAAGCUGAGCCUGUGUCCCUAAGGACUUGGGAGAAGGAAAUCCAACAGCUGCUGGUAUACUGAUGGUAAAGAGCAGUUCUUGGAGGAUUGGCACUGAAAAUGUGGAUUCCAUGGAUGGGGGUGAGGAGCUCUCGAUGUGGAACAUGGGGGAGCCCAUACUUACUUUAUUUUUAUUCUCCUUCCUGGCCUGACCUCUUCCCAAUUGAGGUGACACUAGCUGAUCCUUCAGGAUCAUCAUACCUUAGGAUUAUAACCAACAGAUCCAGAACAAGACCUCAAAGAUAGCAAAAAGGAGACCCUGAGUUGUAUCUGUGAAACCUGGAUGAAAUAAUGAUUGGGAGGGAUCCUGUAUGAUAGUCUGUGAAUUCUGGGGAAGUUGCCUCCAGAGGAGUACUAGGUCAAGUGACUGGUUUGUGAGUUGCAGAUAUGGGGGUACCCAGGAGGGACCCAGAGGCGUCACUUAGGAAUCCUAUAGUAUUAAGCCAGCCCCUGGAGCAGGGCCUUUUUCUGUUUGUAUGCCCAGUACCUAGUACAUAGUAGGUGUUUUACAUGCUGACUGUACUACAUUUCCUCUGCCCACCAGCCCUCCUAACGUCUAUGACCAGAACUUCACUGGGCUUUGGGAGCCUGGAAUGGUGUAAGAUCAUUUGACUGAGUCAGAAACCUGGGGUCAGUCUGACAAGCGUUUUUUGAAUGUCUGCCAUGUGCCAAGCACUGUUUUAGACCCUAGCAGUACAAAUACAACAACUAAACAGUCCUUGCCUUCUAGGAGCAGCUCUUCUCCUGGAUUCAUGACCUAGUUUGUGACAAAGUCACUUGCCCUCUCUGGGCCUCAGAUUCUUUGUCCAUAAAGUCGGAGGGUUGGACUAGUUGGUCUCUGAGGUCCCUGCCAACCCUGGCCCCUACCCACGACCAUCCUGUUGGUUCGUGCCAAGUUGAAGGAUCUGUUGGCUAGGAAUGACAAACUGUGGAGUGAGAGGAACAACGUUAACACUGGGCUCCUCUCUCCAAGGCGGUAGAUAAGAAAAGAAGCCAGACCCCCAACAAAUCCCCAGCCUCCAUUCCCCACCCCCACUCCAUCAGCAGCCCCCCAAGAUCCCUCAGUCUGCCAGAACAAACAUUCAGCAGAGAGUGUUUGCUGCCUUGGCAGCUUGGCCUGGCUCUGGCUGUCCAUCCACAAAAGCCGUAUUGAAACAGCUCUGCCCCACGCCGGCUGCGGCUGCUCUAAGCGGCGCCUCGCAUUCUGCCAUCUAAUGACCCCUUGCAGCCUCCCCCAGAUGUUUUCUAUGACUUCCAGCCCAGCUUCCAGCGGGCCUGUCCGCAGGAACAAGGGAGGCCACUUUAAUUCUAAUUAAAUACCUCCAGCUAAGCAAACAGUGUGGAGCAGGGCAGGCCAGGCCCAGCCUGGAAGCCCAGCCCACAGAGUCUCUGAGUCUAGACUCCAGAUGUGAUUUCACCAGCCUCCAAUGU